GAAAAUUAAGAGUGAACAAAUCAGUUAAUUGAACUGAUCGUGGCGCAACACCCAGAGUUAUAAUCAUUAGUAUUUUUAGGUGUGCAAGUAACGGAAUUGUAUAUCAGUUAUCUUAUCACCAUGCUGCUCAAUUCAAACCCAUAACCUAAAGAAUUUUCAGCCCAUUACUUUUAGCCUAGUGAAGUAUGUAAUUUGACGACCUUGGUGAACGCGAAUUUUCGGUCACGACCGGUACCUCAUGGAAUCCCGAAUUAAGAAGACGUGCUAUGAGUUAAAGGACCAUGGAGUGCUCCACCACCCUGGUGUAGAAGAUCGUUGGAGCCUAAGUGUUUUUAAGAAAAAAUUCCACGUGGAAAUUAUUCGUCAUGGAGAGGAGUCUGAUACGAUGGAAUUCGAUAUGAUUAAUUUGGAUUGCUCCUUCGCUAAUGCAGUUCGGCGAAUUUUGGUCUCUGAAGUUCCUUCUCUCUCAAUAGAAAGGGUUUAUGUUUCUCAGAACACGAGUAUUAUGCCGGAUGAGGUUAUGUGUCAUCGCCUUGGCUUAAUCCCACUCGCUGUUGAUCCCAAAUAUUUUUUGUUCCCUACAAGAAAGCCCCCUGCUUCCGACGAAUUAUCAGGGUUUGACCCUAAAGAACACCUAGUAUAUGAUUUGUGCGUUGGUUUUACACAUUCUAGCAAAGAUUCCCAUAAUAAACCUGAGAAAGAUAAGGAUGACUCCUUACCUGUGGCUCAGUAUUUACCAGUGUACAGUUCGGAUCUCAAGUGGAUUCCACUAGCCGGUCAGGAGGAUCAUUUUAAUAUCAAUAAUCCUCCUAUACCAGUAUCAUCGACAAUACUUAUCAAUAAAUUAGCCCUUGGUGAUGAAAUCGAAGCUCGGUGUGUUGCAGUGAAAGGAAUUGGUCGAGAUCAUGCUAAAUUUUCACCAGUCGCAGCAGCUUACUAUAAAUUUCACCCAAUCAUCAAACUUCUUCGUACAAUUGAAGGGGAACAGGCAAUUAAGUUACAAAAAAGUUUUGCAUCUGGUGUGAUUGGAAUAAACUCGAAAACUGGUCAAGCCUUUGUCGAUAAUGCUCGUUUAGAUAAUGGUUCUCGAGAGCAUAUGCGUCAUCCUGAAUUCCGUGACGAUGUUAUUUUCGUUGGGAUGGAUUCAUCACAUUGUAUUUUCACUGUUGAAACGAUAGCUCCUGGUAGCCGCCCUCCAUCAUCAUUAGUCCGCUGUGCUUUAGGUGUUAUGAUUAGUAAAUGUUCACAUUAUAUGGCUGUUACAGAAACACCUGGUUUUGGAGAUCACGUUGAGGAGUGUAAACCACUCAUUGAUAUACCUAAAAAUAACACCGAAGGUCACACAGCUGAAAAGAAUCUAUUAUUUCCUAAAGGUAAUCGUAGUCAUUUGAAUGGACGUGAAGUUGGGCUUGAAGUAGUGCAUAUCUCACAAGACAAAUCACGUGCAACAUUUACUUUCUUUGGAGAAGAUCAUACAUUAGGUUUAGCGCUUAGAUAUUGCAUUCUACGAGAGUAAGUCUCCUGGUAUACUCAUCAUGUUUUAUCAUUUGUAUUGUUUUGCUAGUAUAUGUAUUUAAUUUUUAUAAUACAACUAUAGGCUGUUCUAUGAGUAUUUUACUCAUAUUGGUGUUGUUAAUCAUUGUUAUUAGAAGUUCUUGCCACGUAUGUGUUUCAGUCCAAGCUGCUACACCUUACAUCAGCAAAGAAGAGAAAAUCAUAUAUACUAUAACGGAAAUCUAAAUGUGAGAAAUCCACUGCAUGAGGAACAAAUAAAACUAAAGAAUGGAAAGUCAAAAAUAAUACUCAGUAUUUAGAAGAAGAUAUAAUGUUAAUACAACCAUGUUAUGGUGUAUGCUACUUAUUCUGACAGAUAUAAGUAGUAUGUAGAAGCAAUAGAAAGUGGAAUGCCUGUCAUCAGAAGAUUGGAGAGAACAGGAUGGGAAUCAAAAAGCAAUUGUAAUAAUAGCAGAGUUGGAAGAAUCAUGAAACAUUUAAAGGACGACUGAAGAUGUGCGAAUAAUGUAUUUAAUGUAUGGUUUUUCUAUAUUUUACGAAGAUACUGUAAUUUUGCAUGAAGAAAUAAAUUGGUUUUCCCCACCCUAGUUUCCGUUUGCGACAACGCCAUUACAACCAAUUUUAAGCCAUGCCACCUGUCUGCGAACAUAAAUCAUGACAAUUUCACAUGUCUCCAAUCAAUAAGUCUACACCUGCUUGCUGACGUAUUUCAGUCUAAAUAACCAGGUUUAGAUCUUGUGGUAGAUUAUUCUGUAGUCGUGAGCUAGGGGUAUUCAGAAGAGAUAUGCUCAUGAAAUAAUGAAUGGUUUUGAUAAAGAAUCUGCUCCAAGUGUUCGUAUUUUUUAUGGAGUACAUGUAAAUCAAGAUAAUAACUGUAUAUUUGAGUAAUGUGUAAAUCUACAUUACUUCUUCAUAAACUGAUUUCUGUUCAAAAACAACUGAACUUUCAAUCAAUAAUAAACUACUUUUAUACUCUGUUAGCAUGCUGCGUUACUACCGUUUUUAUUACCAAACUAUUCGGUUGAUCAAAAAUGCAAUAUUAGUUGGUAAAGACAGGGCUCUCGAAAUUAAGAGUUUAAUUGUGACUCCCUCCCUCAGUAGGUCAAUCUUAACGCCCUGGUCGCAGAACCUGAAGAUCAUGUAGUUAAUUUCAUAAAUCAUGAAUAUUAUUUACUCCUAGUAUUCACUGAUUCUUCGAAUUGUGGAAUAUCUGUUUGAUUAUCAGAUCCAGUUUAUGAUACUGUAUGUUUAAUUGAGUUAAUCAUAAAGAAACCAAAUAGUACAAGCUGUAAGAAUCCAUAUCGUCAAACUUCGUCUGUGAUGGUCAACAGUAGCAUGUUUAUGUGCUAUCAGGUUUCUAGGCUCUGUUUUAUGGAUGAUGAACAAACUUUAAAUCAUUAGAUAACAUUUUGACAGAUUUUAGUCGUCAUUCGAAUAGUGCGAUGCCUUUUUUAUCCGUCUUCUUUGCACAACUUUUUUUUAUUUGUAUUUCUUUUAUGAUGUCUUUUUAAGUUUCAGUUAUAUUACACAGUUUAAUAUGUUUCACUCUCCUUCCAUUACAGUGAGUCAGUUAGCUUUUGCGGUUAUUGUGUACCCCAUCCUUUAGAAGAUAUGAUUAAUUUUGACAUUCAAAUGAAAAGUAAGUUAUUUUCAAAACUUGACUUUAUUGAACAAUGUAUGGAAUAAGCAUAUAUUUCAAAUUUUGUAGAAAACUAUUUUCCCUUUAAGUGAAUAGUAUGUGAUCUUUUCUGUUGUCAAAUAAGAAUAUCACGAAAGAUUUCCAGGUGAGAAGAACAAGUCAACCAAUGAGAUUGUGAAUGUGUAUACGAACUAAGAUAACUGAAUAACACCACCCAGUCAUUGUCUAUUUUGAUACACAAUGACGAUGUGAGUAAGAAUGUGUUGAGAAUAAGUUGGAAAAAAGUCAUUCUAAGGUAUGAAUUUAGUGUUUAAGAUUACUAACUAUUAGUUCUAGUUGUAUGUGAAUGUGUAACUAUGUUCCAUAUGAUUUUGGGAGUUAAUAGCUGGAAAUCUCCAGGUGAUGUAGUGAUGUGUAGUAGUAGGUCAAAUUAUUUCUUACCUUUUAAUUCUUGCCCAUCUUAUUACUUUUUAUUAAUUUUCCCGUCUCCACUUAUGUCAUUUCUUUAUACCCAUUCCAUCCGUAUUAAUAAUUUUUUAAAUGUAUUUUACUACAUGGUUAGGAUAUAUUUACCUAACUAAACAUUGUAGUGUAAAUCAAAUUAACGCCCAGUUGUACAGUCAUAUUUACUUCUAACCAUCUAGCCAUUAAUCUUGAAGUAUCAAAACUUAACAUUUGCUUCAUCAAACACCUGAACCGAUCUGAGUUAGAUUGAGGACGAAACGAUCGUUGAGUGUUUCCGGGUUUUCAAUGAAACUCAACAAUCUCCACAACCUUAUACUUACAACUAACGUUUAUAUAUACUACAUUGCACUUGACCUGUGUUCUAUCUUAUUUGUUUAUCUAGUUAAAUGAAUAAAUGUCGGUACAAAGGGGCACCGAAAUAUAUAUGCGCCAUACAAUAUAGUUAUCAUUUAAUUUUUGUAUGGGCUGUAAUAUUCUCAGUGUGCCUAAACCGAAACAGGUGGUUUUCCUGGGGGGCACUCCUUGGAAACAUUAAAUAUGAUUCCAUCUUAGCCUGUAACCAACAGUAGUUUCAUACUCCAUUUGUUCCUUCAGGAUCCUAGAGCCCAUAUGCACCAUUGGUUUGGAACCAGGGUGUGUGUACGUGUACAAGAUUUUGACUUAGUGGUUAUGUGUUCGAAUCCCCUACAUCGUUUUUAUAUACGUGAUAUCUAGUAGCACUAAUACUUAAUAUUCUUAGUGGGAUUGAAUUCGAAUACGGUAUCUAUUGGUUGACGGUCAAGUACCCAAACUCAUAUAAUCAAUUUUUAAACAUAACAUAGCAUUUAAUCAUCAAAUAAAUGGAAAUCUUUAUGUUUUCUAAACACUUCAGAAGGUUCAGCUAUCGAUGCUCUACGAAAUGGUCUCCAUUGUCUACGGGAUUGUUUUCAGCAUAUGAAGCAUACAUUUAUAUCAGCAAUGAAAAUUUCAAGAAGUACUAGAAAAUCAUCAUAAUGAACUGUUUUUCUUUUUUCAAUUGUAUAUUUUCGCUUCGAUUUUGUUAGACCAUUAUUUAUGCUAUUACAAAAACAGAAACUACAAAAAAACAAUCCAAAAGUUGAAAAAAUAACACUAAUAAUGAUAAAUUAAAAGUUCAAUAUAAUUUUUCUAACUCAACUAGCUUAAACAAAUUUUUACUAGAAAAGGAGUCAAAACUACUCUGAACUGUGCGUAUAAAAAAGCACAAACUGUCUGACGAUACUGUGUCUUCCAACAGACUAUAACUGUUUUGUGAUUGUUAAAGUUCAUUGCUUGAUAUAAAGAAUCCGUUUGUAAAUGACAUAACUAGGUGCUUUUAGAUGGGAGAGAAUAUGUCCCCUUUUAUAGACAUUUAGCUCAUCCGUUAUUAAAUAUUCUUUGAGUAGUUGCAAUACAAUUACUCUACUCAGAAGGCACACAUACAUUUAUGGCAAGUAAGAGGGACACACCAGUAAAUCUAGGCCUAUUCGACACUAAGAAUAAAUUCGCAUAUUAUUACAAUACCUUUCACUUUAAUUGCAGGACAGAGAAUAGACGGGUAGAAUACUUCGAGGAAAUCUUGAAUAAACUGGCUCCAAUGAAUUUACCGGACAUCGAAGCAGCAUAUACAAACCAUUCCAUAGAUGUCGCUCCACCAACGAUCGAAGUAAUCAGGAUGGCCAUCAGAAAAAGCAAGAAUGGGAGAGCGCCAGGACCUGGCAGUAUACCAGCUGGAGCACUGAACUCAAACAUAGAAUUAACUGCAAUGAUGUUUCGCGUUUGAUUCAGGAAGAUUUGGGAAGAAAAACAAGUGCCACCGUCGGACUAGAAAAAACACCUCAUCAGGAUACUGAAGAAAGGGGGUGUGAGUAAAUGUGAGAACUACAGAGGCGUCACAUUACUAUAAUUACCAGAAGACGUUUUCAACAAAGCGUUACUGAGCCGGAUGAAAAGCUCAAUGGAUGUCCAGCUUCGAGAUCAACAGAUCGGAUUCCGUAAGGAAGAGUAGUGCACAAACCAAAUCUUGACACUACGGAUCAUUGUUGAACAAUCAGUUGAAUAGAACUAGUCAUUUUAUAUAAACCUCACUGACUAUGAGAAAGCAUUUGACAAUGUGGAUAAGAGAACAAUAUAGAAACUUCUUCGACAAUAUGGUGUAUUUGAAAAGAUUAUCAAUGUCAUCAGAAAUCCAUACGACGAACUACACUGCAAAGUGGUGCAUGGAGGAUAGGACAGCUGACAGACUCCGUGGAGGUGAGGAUCGAAGUCAGACAAGGUUACUAACUUUCACCCUUUCUCUUUCCUGUGGUGGUUGACUAGAUUAUGAGGACCUCCAUAUCUGAGGAGACUCACGGAAUACAAUGGACAACUUGGAUUCAGCUGGACGGUUUAGACUUUGCAGUUGAUCUAGCUCUUCUAUCGCAUACACACCAACGCAUGAAAAUGAAGACAGACAGCGUGGCAGAAGCCUUAGAAUACACAAGGAAAAAACCAGGAUCCCCAAAUACAACACAGAGGACACCAAGCCAAUUGAUAUGGUUUGCUGAUUGGACGCUAUACUCGGAUCCUAAGCUAUUAUUACAACCCUCAAGCUAGAACUAAACAGCGCCUUGAACAUGAGAGAAAAGGCGCAAAAUAUGCACUUUACUUCAAAGGUUCA